GACAUGGGCGCAAUCAUAAGAUUCGCAAGUCUUACAAGAAAACAAAUAACAGAGAUAAGCGACCACAUAUGGCUAUCAUGAGAGAGGGGAAAAUAAGGCUAAAAGUAGGUCGUUUUUUCGCCAAAAGGGGUGUUCGCCUUUAUACGACAGCUCGCUUUGCUAUCGCUCCUGUUUCAAUAUUGUGAAGCUUAUUGUAACACCCCUCGUAUUUUCUGACGUCAUUAAUUAAUAUUUUAAUAACUUUUGGAAUUUUAUAAUUAUGUUAAAUUAAUUUAGAAGUAGUUUUAAUAAACUCCUUUUAUAUACAAAUUUAAAUAUUAACAUAUAUUUAUAUUAAAAAUACAAUUACGAUUUCCAAAUAAAGACGUUCGAAUCAAAAUAAUUAUUUUAUUAAAAUGUGUGAGCACUCGAAAGUGAGUUUUCCUAAUUAGACCUUUCAAAAAGAUGAACUUAGGUAAACAAAUAAUAAAUAAGUGUAUAAAUUUAAUAAAUAGGAUGAGUUAGGGUUUUAAGUGGGUAUUACUCCCUCCCUCACUCGAUUCACACGCCGUCACUCCCCCUCUCUUCUCUUCUCUCUUUCUCUCACUCCCUUCUCCCUCACGGUGCAUCUGCAGCCACGAGAACUACCCGCAGCAGGCGGCCUAGCAGCAGCAACCAGCUGCGUUCCUUCCCUCCCCACUAGCAGCUGUUAGGUGCACCUAAACCCCAGCAGCCAGGCUACGUUGUGCAACCAGUAGGCAGCAGCAAGCUGUUGCGUUGGGCCCUUCAUCCACCACGACAGCCUCGGUUCACCACCACCACAACCUUCACUUACCUCUUCACCAUUUUUACUAGUACCCCUCUGUGAGCCAUCUCCUCUUUUCUCUAAUUUAUUUUCUAACUUUUAAUUGGAGUUUUAUCAAGUGUAUUGAGUUUGGUGUUGGUUGUGUUAAUUUCAUUGAAUCUUUUUGUGGGUAAGAAUUUGAUUGAAAAAUUAAACAUAUUUAUGACUUAGGGUUUGAAGUGUGAUUUGAAAUUAUGGGUUGUGUGUUGAUUUUGUAUUAGUUUCUUUGAAUCUUAGUAUGGGUAGUAAUUAAAUAUGUUAUCUUUGAACACGAAACGAUUAGGGCUUGGAUUUAGAGAUGAAAUUACUAAUAAUGUGUGUUUUAUACUAUAUUUUGGUGAUGACUGAUUAAAUAACUUUAAAAGUUGUUUUAAAAUUUGGUCGAUUGAUUAUUGUUGUGAAUAAUUAGUAACGGUGAUGAUGUUAGUUGACUAUGAAAGUGAUUUUGAUCGAUUAAAUUGGGAAUAAUAGUUACUAAUUGUUGUGGUUUGAUUAUUGUGAAUUACAAAUACCCUUAUUAGGUUGUUAUUGAAGUUAUAGAUACAUGAUAUUAGUAAGCCAAGAGCAUAAUGUCAACUUAUCUUCGAUGGUUGCUAAAGUAAUUUGUCGUGUUGUUCAGACUAUAUUUCUUAAUAGCUUUGGAGAAUGUAACAAAUGAUAUCCCGAUACGAUAACUCUAAGAUUUGCCUUAUCGUUAUAUAAAUGUUAAAUUAAAAUUGUAAGAUUUAGUUGUGAUUAGUUAUUUUUGGGUAACGCGAGCUGACAUGCUCAAAAUUAGUUAAUGUGAAGAAACGAUUCACACAUACUUUUACUUUAAAUUGAUGGAAAGACUUAUGUUGUGUUGAGUUAAUGAUUUUGACUUAUAUUGGAUGAGUUGUGUACGUUCUAGAGUAAUCAAAAAACUCAUGUUGAAUGGUUGAUAGUGGUUUACUAAGGCAUUUAGUUUGAUAUGGCAAAGUAGUUAAGGGAACUUAUUAGUUCUACUCAUAACUUAUAUAGGUGCCCAUUUUGUAAGAGGAAAGUAGAGCCUUAGUCGGGUGAUUUUGCGACUUUUGAUCGUGCAGUGACGCUUACAAGGAGUGUACGUAUGAUUAGAAGCAGGUUGUCGUCUAGCAAUCUCUGUUUUCUUCACAAACCGCUUGUUCACACGACAAAAAGAGUUGCUGGACACAUAGUACCAAUACUGAUCACCAACAAAUGCCCAUUCACAAUAUGGCCUGCUACUGCCCCUAACACAGGCCACCCAGUCAUAGCCAAUGGUGGUUUCUGCCUCAAACCCACCCAAUCAUCAGUCAUCCACGCACCAUGGGACUGGAGUGGUCGUCUCUGGGCCCGAAGUGGCUGCAACUUCAACCCCAAAAACUCAAACCUAACCUGGGAACCCGCCUGCCAAACAGGCGACUGCGACAGUCGCCUAGAAUGCAACGGUCUAAUAGGAAAACCACCUGCAACAUUAUUAGAACUCACACUUCAUACAGACAAAAACGAACCUAGUUUCUACGACGUUAGUCUCGUAGACGGGUACAACCUGCCCGUUUCUGUGACAAAUGGGCGGGCCCACAAAUGUGCCAUUAAAAGCUGUUUAAAAGAUGUUAAAGGAAUCUGUCCUUUGGAGCUACAAGUAAAGGAUGGUGAAGGGAAUGUUGUGGGUUGUAAAAGUGCAUGUCUUGCUUUUGAUUUGGACAGGUUUUGCUGUAGAAAUGAGUAUGGAGAUCCACAAAACUGCAAGCCAAGUUUAUAUUCACGUCUAUUUAAGAAUGCUUGUCCUUCUUAUGUUAGUUAUGCUUUUGAUUCUCCUUCACCUUUGAUUAGUUGUUUGGUGAAGGAACUCUAUGUUACUUUCUGUCCUGCUGAAUGGGGUGAUGAUAAGAUUCAACACUAUGCUUCUAAUUAGGUACUAUCUUUAGUGGUCCUGGUGGAUAUAUACUUGAUUUCAUAUGAAGGAGUUCCUUAUAUAUGUUAAUAUAUAUGUAAUAAGCUAUACAAGUUGUUUCCAUUUGUAUUUUGGGUCCUUAAAUUUACUGGAUAAUGCUCGUGCAAU